AUGGGAAAGGUGCGUGGGCGAUGCACCGCAUCCUAUAUGAAGGGUAGUCGGCUACGUGACGACCAUCAUGCCUCUUUUAAUCCUUUCCGAAAGAAACCAGAUCCUCCUGGAAACUUUGCGACCAUUGCUAUUGAAAUCACUCCUGAACAUCUUCAAAAGAGGACCGGGGCUAAGGGAACAGGAAGGCAAGAAUAUCUGCAGCAACUUGUUACAGAGUUCCAGAGCACUGAUUCUAAUGAUACUAAGAAGCAGUUGCUGGGAAACUUGGCCAACUUUGCUUAUGACCCAAUCAACUAUGAAUAUUUGAGGGACCUUCAGGUUCCUCUCUUGUUUAUGGAUCAUGUAGCACAUCCUCAUCCGGACCUUCAAGAAUUUGCCAUUGCAGGAAUCUGCAAUCUUGCCCUUGAUCCCAAAAAUCAGGAAGCCAUUUUGUCUGUGCCUGGAUCCUUGACAACCAUCGCAAGGUGCCUCUCAUCAGUGCGAGAAGAGACUGUUCUGUCUGCCUUAACUGCUCUUAUGUUCCUCAUCACUCCUGAAACAAAAACCAGGAUCAUAUCCCCACCCCUUGUUGACUGUCUGCUUCGUCUGAAGAGAAGCAGAAAUCGGCGUCUCUCAAACCUUGCCACGGUUUUUGUUGAAGACUACUGUCCUCCAGCAUUGAUAAAAGCUGUUUUACGAAAUGCAAGCAGUGCUGCAUCAGGUACGGCGAUGGGCCAGCAAGGAAGCAACGACCUCUCAUGUACAACAAAUCUUGGUGCUCUACACAAAGUCAACUCAUCUGUGAUCCAUAAGGCAGAACUGGUGCCAAAAAACCGGAGCCUUUUUGUUUCAUGGAGCGAUGGUUCCAGCUCAGAGUUUCCCUUUGUCUGGCUUAGGGAUAACUGCCAAUGUGCCCAAUGCUUCCAUCCCGACUCCCUUUCACGGACUGUGGAUCUGGAAAAAUUCAAUGUUGACACCUCUGCUAUUGGCCUUCAAAUGGAGAAUGGACAGGAGAAGCUGCAGCUUACCUGGGAUGAUGGACAUGUGAGCCCAUAUGUCCCUUUUUGGCUCAGACAGCGAAGUUUCAACCCCAAGCAUCAAGAAGAAGCAGGUCGGGAGAGGUAUCGGAGAGCACGCAUCACCUGGGACUCCUCCAUGCAGGAGAAACUCCCCCGUGCCUCAUUUCAGAAGAUUCUCAGUGAUGAUAAAAGCCUGUAUGAGUUCUUGCACAACUGGGAGGUGUAUGGC